AUGGUCAACCCCUCAGGAGAGCGCCCGCCUAACCCCCCGCGUAGCGGAGACGGGCAGGACACCGGCCGCGAGGUGUCGGAGGAAGCACCCGCCUCGGUUCGCGCUGAGGACGGGGGACGCGGAGGUGGCGAACGAGCCAACAUGAUUCACUCUGAGCAGCCCCCGGUGGGCCCGAUAGUGGUACCACGUGGCCGAGGGCCGCGAAGGGCUGACGCUUGCGAGGUCGGAUUGGAGGAAGCCGAAGGUGAAAACGCGUAUCGACCCCCGGGGCCGGCGACCCGAGCCAGCCCCAGCCCCCCGGCGGGGUGGUUAGACGCGAUUAACACCAAAAUGGAUGAGUUGGUGCGAUGGAAGGAACAUGGCACUCACGUCUUGAUCCCCCGGAUCUCCCUCACUCCGCCCUUCACCCCCAAUAUCAUGAACGAACCUCUUCCCCCCAACUUUAAAGCCCCUGACAUGAGAAGGUAUGACGGUACAGGCGACCCGCAGGAGCACGUCCUGACAUACCAGGCAGCUAUGAUGCUCAUGGGGUCGUUAGACGCCCUGAUGUGUCGCGCGUUUUUCUCUACGCUAUCAGGGGGGGCGCAGCGAUGGUUCACGAACCUGAAAGGCGGUUCGCUAGGCUCGUUCCAAGACCUGGCCACCCAGUUCAUUACCCAUUUCCUGAGAGGGAGGAGGCGCAAGAAGCAUUUCACACAUCUCGCUAGCGUCAAGCAAGGGGAGGAUGAAACCCUCACCCAGUUCCUCACGCGGUGGAGAAAGGAGGAAGCCGAGGUGGAGGACAUGGACGACCGGUUUGCAAUGGUCAUGUUCAUCGCAGCCCUCCGUGCUGGGGAGCUGUACAAGAGCCUCCGCCGCAAGGCCCCCGGCUCGUACGCAACCUUGAUGAUGAAGGCAGACCGGUAUGCCGAAGCUGAAGAAGCCAACCGCAUGAAGCGCAUAGAAGAGCACGGCAGCAGCAAGAAGCCAAGGAUCGAGGAACCGUCACGUCUUAAGAAGGGAGCUAGUUAUUCGCGGGAAAAGGAGUGUCAAUUGGUGAAAACAUUUGGUCCCAACCAAAUCCCGCCGGGUGCAGACACCUCGAGAUAUUGUAAAUUUCACCGCCGCUACGGCCACGCCACCAACGAUUGUCAGGCAUGGAGGAAAGAGAUAGAGUUCCUCAUACAAGCAGGGAAGUUGACGAAUUUCAUAGACUGGGAGCGGUUGGCUGCGAGGAACGCUAAACGUCCGACGAUCGGGCCUGUAGGGGAGGCUAAGGGAAAAUCGACUGACUCCGGGGAGGGCCCGGGGAGGCGCCCAGUGAUCAAUGUCAUCUUUGGGAGAGGGGCCUCGAGGGUAGAUGGUGGCUGUUAUGUAGGUGCAGUGGACGAACACCCCCAGUUGAAAAGGCUCCGCCGGGAACCGAUUUGGUUUUCAGACAAUGACCUGCCAGCACGGGAGACUACUCCGAAGGACGCACUCGUAGUAGCCAUGGUGGUCAACGGGGUCUGCGUCAAGCGCGUGCUUGUGGAUACAGGCAGCAGUGUUAACGUAAUGUAUCAUGACGUGUUCGUGAAAUUAGGACUGAGCGAGGAUCAGCUCCGACCGGUGAGGACGCAACUGGCUGGUUUCACUGGGGACACCAUAGAGACAGAAGGGUCGAUAGUGCUUCCUGUGGAAGUUGGUAACCCCCCGCACGUGAAAAAAGUGGACAUGGAGUUCCUCGUGGUGAGGAUAGUAUGCGCCCAUAACCUCAUCUUAGGGAGGCCUGGGCUGGCAGCAUUGGGCGGACUUAUUUCGAUGGAGCAUUUAUGUUUGAAAUUCCAUACCCCCGAGGGGGUGGGGACGGUACGGGGUGAUCAGCAUCUCGCCCGAAAGUGCUAUGAGACGGCAUGCGAGAGAAUGCUGACGGAAGAGUUACCUGUCCAUACUGUGGAGAAGGAGGCUGAGAGGGAGAAAAAAGGUAGGGCCCGAGCCAGCUGUGGAGUUGGAGGAGAUCCCCCUGGACCCAAGUCGACCAGACAAGUGCGUUAG